AUGGCUGCCGCACACGUCAAGCUGAUUGAAAGUGGAGUCAGGAUCUUUGUUGCUGCCUUCACAAUCGUCAAGGUUACUAAACUGGGGGUUAAUGCCUGUCGUUCCAAUCCUUCUAAUGCUACAAAUUCAAAUACACAACCGAAGGCCGAGAAUUUGGUCAAUGAGGCUGCGUUUGGUAUUCAUGUCCUAGGCCGUGCUUUCUCGAAAGCUGCUCAUCUAGAAAUUGCGUUGCGUGAAAUUGCAGCUCUUCUUAACCCAUUCACCAGUAAAAUCUCUGAUAAGCAAGCAGAGUCAAAGGUCGAGAAUUUGGUCAAUGACGCUGUGUUUGGUAUUGGUGUCCUAGGCCGUGCCUUUUCGAAAGCUGCUCGACUAGAAGUUGCGUUGUGUGAGAUUGCAACUCUUUUCAAUCUAUUCAAUAGUAAAAAGCCUGAUAAACAACCCGAGUCCGAGGCUUGGAGACCUCUCGAAAAAGUUUUGCUUGUCGCUAGGUUAUAUGUUUUAGGCAGUUCAAUCUUCUCCAGUGUGAAAACAGGAUUUGGUUCUCGCGUGAAAUCAGCGUGA